GGUGAGCGUUUGCGCGGUACAAAACAGGUGGCAGAUUGGCUGCUGGUAGGCUCAGCUGAUCGCUACUCGCUAGACAACCACAACAAUUCACUGCUCUGGCACGUGUUUGCAUCCUUUUACUGAUACAGCGAUGCACAGUUGACGUUAUCAACAAUGUCUUGCAAGAUUGUCUUGCCCUCCUUUGGUGUGGCAUCAUUGACACACAUGCAUGUUGAUAUGUUCAAGCUUCAUCCUCCCUGAAGAAUGGACCAGGACUUUACAGGCUAAGGAGACAUCCUGUCUGAAAACCCACCCAUUAGGGAACCGUUACCCUGAACAAGGAAGCCCUACCUUCACUUGGACCAUGGCCAGGAUUCAAACCCGUGUGCUUGGAGAUCCCUCGGCCCCAAAAGUACUAUAUUGAGUGUAUGGACUACUUAUUCUCCAGAAACAAGCAAGUUGAAAGAUGCUUCUGCCCACGAAGUUGAAUUUGGCAGGGAAUGGUACAAGGUCAAGAGAGCUGGUGGACAUUGCUAUAAAGAGAGGACUCGAUUGCAACUCAAGCUUUACCCUUGGGAAAACUGACAAUUUUAUCCCACAUCUUGAUUUAGCAAGUCCAUGCUGCACUAGAAGAAGAAAACGAAGAAAGCGUCUGGCUCUGACAGCUCCAUCUGACUCUGCACUGCCGUCCAUUGACUCUAUUGACUCAGCCCUGUCAUGUUUUCUGCCUUACUCACCAUCUCAGCUGUCAAGCAACCCCCCUGACUCACCACACAGGCUUUUGGAGAUCCAGCAGCACACUGCACACUGCACACUGCUUUCAUAAAUGUAUGUGCAGAGUGUAAGACUGAGAGUGGCAAGGAUGGAAGAUGCUUCAACAUUCACAGCAUCAUUGU